CGUGAAGAACAAUAUGUGGAUGAUAUUUAUAAUAUGCAGGAGAAGGCUAUUGAGCCAGAGGAAGUCGAAGAUAUUGUUUAUCAAGAAUCUAUGGAUGUUGAAGAAAGUGGACAAUAUGAUAAAUGA